AUGUUGCCAAAAGAAGAAACCGAUGGAAAGACACCCCGAGAAGUCGAAUUGUGCCCGGGAGGAAAAGAAAUGCGUGUGACGAGCUCAAAUCUUCCCCAAUACGUUUACCAGCUGGUGAAAUGCAGACUUGGCCGGCCAGAACUGCAGCAAUGCUAUGCGUUAUUUGCGCAAGGCAUUCAAGACGUGGUUCCAGCUGGAUUUUUGGCCCAUUUGACUGCUGAAGAUUUGGCCUUACUUGUCAAUGGAGUUGCUGAAAUUCCCAUCGAUCGCCUCAAAAAAGUUAACGACUUUCCAAGAAGAGUGCCAAAUCUCGCAAUCGGAUCUCAAAAAGUUGGAACGCUGGUUUUGGGAAAUCGUGGAUCGAUUCAGCGACAAAGAGAAACAGGACUUGAUUUACUUCUGGACGGGCUCUGCGACGCUUCCGGCACUGGACGAAAUGUUUGUGGCACGACCGACGAUUGUGAUCAAAAACUUGUCGAA